AUGAAUAAUCUUAAUCUGAAUACCUUCUAUGAGUUUUAUGAUCAUGAAUCUGAUAAAAACAAUGAUUUAUUUACUACAAAAAUACUUGAAUAUUUUGAUGUUCGUUAUACUCACAGCAACAAAUCAAUUAUAGAAGAAAAGAUUAACCAUUAUAUUCUUAGAAAUAGAACGAAAUUUUAUGAUGUAUGGAGAAAAUGUAAUAAAAAACAAAAAGAACAGCAAUUUGCCGAUAUUGUUGUUUUGACACAAGAAGAUUUUCACUCAUCUCCAUUUUCUGAUACUCCAAUAAGUAUCAAAAGACGAAGUCCAUCAUCAACGGCUAUAACAAUCUGUACAUCAUCAACAACAACAUUCUCUUAUCUCUCUUCACAAAUAUCUACUGUUGAUCUUUCUACUACAACAAAAAGACAACGUGAUUUUAGUGAAGUAUCAUCUUGUCAGAAACGAAGACGUUUAUCUGAUUAA